AUGACGACCACCAUCGCAUUGGCGGACUCCGACGAGGAGAUGGCGGAUGAACCGAGGCCGCGGGCCUCCCUGGGCCUCGCGUGUUUCUCCUUCGCCGCCUACGCUAAAUAUCUGGUCGGCCACCUUCGCGCCUCCGGCGUCCCGGUCGCUCCUGGACUGUCCGAAGCAGAGCUCGCUGCCGUAGAGUCCGCCUACGCGUUCGCCUUCUCGCCGGACCUCCGUAAUGUCCUCCGCGAGGGCCUCCCCGUUGGCCCCGGCUUCCCCAACUGGCGCUCCGCCUCACCGCAGCAGCUCCGCCUCCUCCUCGCCCUCCCAGCCGACGCCCUCCUCCGAGAGAUAGCCGCGGGUGGCAUCUGGCCCCGGGCUUGGGGACCGCGGCCGAGAGACAGAGCGGUCGCUGACGCGGUGGCGAAGGAGGCGCUUCUCAAGGCCCCGCGGCUCGUGCCGGUGUACCGCAAUUUCUACCUUCCGUCAGCGCCCUGCCUCGCAGGAAACCCGGUGUUUUACGUCCGAGGCAGCGACGUCCGGCCCGCGGGGAUCGACCUUUCCGACUUCUUCCGACGAGGGCAGCCGCGCGGGUGGGCCGCAGGAGCGCCGAUGCCGGCGUGGGCGGCGACUUCUGCUAGAAAGGUGGAGCUAUGGACGCAACUGGCGGAGGAAGGAGCGCCGCGGAAGUCACUGAUGGAUCGGCUGCUGGAGGAGGCGAGGCGGCGUCUAAGACAAGGGGGGUGGAGCGAGACGGAGGUGAGAGAGAUGGCGGGGGACGACGACGGAGACGGUCCGAGGGCUUUCUGUCCUGCGAAAACCUCGUCGUUUCGAGUGCAGGGACAAGUGUCGCGGCAGUUGGGUCUGCUGUCCCUUGCGAUGCUUCGCGGCGGUUGGAGCGCUGACGACGUGGUGGAGUCGAUGGGGUGGCGGACGAGGACAAAUUAA